AUGCUAACAGAGAAGAAUGUGAGCGCAGGCAGCACCUGGGAAAAAGAAUUGUCCAAAAUUGUCUUCGAUAAACGAUACCUACUUCUGAAUGCUGUAGAACGAAAAGCGGCAUUUGAAGCUUAUGUGCGAGAACGAACGGAGAUUGAACGGGCCGAAAGAAAGAGACGCGCCAAAGAAGCGCGAGAGAAUUUCAGAAAUUUGCUCGAGGAAGCGAAAUUGCAUGGGCGCUCCUCAUUUACAACGUUCGCUUCAAAAUGGGGCAAAGAUAAUCGAUUCAAAGGUGUUGAAAAAAUGCGCGAAAAAGAAGAAAUCUUCAACGAAUAUGUACAGGAACUGGACAAGAAAGAGAAGGAAGAACGUAAGGAGAAAAAGGAAAAGCUACGAAGAGAUUUCAUUGCGAUGCUCAUGGAAAAGAAUAUAACUCGUCGAACGAAAUGGUCUUCGCUGAAGAAACAACUGGAGGACGAUGAACGCUACAAAGCAGUCGAUCGUUCUUCCAGUCGUGAAAACCUCUUCCGUGAAUAUCAGGACACGUUGCCCGAGGAAUCCAAUUCGGUAACGGCUUUGCUUCAUCGAUCAACACUUAUGGAUCUCGACGAAGAGAACCGACAAAAACGAGUGGCUGCUGAAGCUGCAAUUGAAGAACGUAAAAAAGAGGUAGAAGCUGAGCUGGGCGAACAGUUGAAAGAAAGAAGUAAAGAGCACGAAAAGCACAAAUAUCAGGAACAUGAGGAUUCCUUCAAAGCUCUUUUGGUUGACUUGGUAAGAGUUUGUUUUUUUUGUUAUCAAUAUCAUACAGCAGUCAGUGAUUGA